AUGCUGCGCGCCUCCAUCCUAAGGGCCCGUCCAGCCGCCAGGCCAUUGGUCCGCGCCGCCCGCCCGCAAUGGCACGUUGCCCAACGCUUCUACGCCGACGAUAAGAAGAACCUGGGCGAGACAGCCGUCCCCAAUCCUGCACCUACCACGUCGCCAUCGAACCCCUCUGCUGUCCAAGAGGGCACUAUCCCCACCUCGGACAUUCCCAAAGCACCGCCUGCCCCCGACAGCACCGUGACUGCCGCAGUGUCGCGCGAUGCGCCCGCCAUAUCACCAAAGACAACACCGCCCACCGGCCCCGGAUCAGCGAGCAUAGCCCCCGACCCAAUCCAGCCCAAGCCCAAGAAGAAGCGACGCAUCUUCCGCAAGCUCCUUCUCUGGCUGACAGUCCUGUCUGGUCUCGGUUACGCCGGUGGUGUCUGGUACUCGCUCGUCUCGGACAACUUCCACGACUUCUUCACUGAAUACAUUCCCUAUGGAGAGGAUGCCGUUGCCUACUUUGAGGAGCGCGAGUUCCGGCGCCGAUUUCCCGGUCGCGCUGGCGAUCCAAGGCUGCACCCUCAGAUAUCUGGCGAGAACAAAGUCACAAUCCCUGGGAGGAGCGGCCUGACUGCGCGCCCAGCUCAAGAGAACAAGAGCGACCUCGGCUCCAAGGGUCCCCAUCUGAGCGCUGUCGACGCCAACACAAAGCCCGACAAGACCGAGUCGAGUGGACAACAACCCAAGGUUUCCUCCGGCACACCUGCACCGGCUAAGACAGAAGAGAAGAAGGCUGUCCCAGUCACGGAAGUCAAGAAGGAGACUCCAGCCAAGCCCAUCUCCCAACUAGACCACCUCAGCGUACCCUCCGCAACCGAGCCCGUCGUACAAGAUGUCGUCAAGAUCGUCAACGACAUCAUCACCGUCAUCAACGCCGACAGCGCCCACGACGGCAAGUACAACUCUGCGCUGGACAAGGCCAAGAGUGAACUCGCCAAGGUCGUCUCAGACAUCAACAUGAUGAAGGAGAGCCUCCAAAAGCAGACCGAAGACAAGGUCAAGGCCGCCCACGCCGAAUUCGACCAGGCCGCCAAGGAGCUUGUCCAGCGUCUCGACCACCAAAUGCAGGCCCAAGAAGCUCAGUUCAAGGAGGAAUUCGAGAACGAGCGUGAGCGUCUAUCACAAUCCUACAAGGAGCGUCUCCAGUCCGAGCUCCAAGCCGCACAAAAGGUCUACGACCAGAAGCUCAAGAACCAGCUCUUGGAACAGAGCAUCAACAUGCAAAAGUCCUUUACGGCCAACGUCCGGGAACGCGUCGAAGCUGAACGUGACGGUCGUCUCGGCAAACUCAACGAGCUCUCGUCUUCUGUCCACGAGCUCGAGAAGCUGACGGGAGAGUGGAACAGCGUGGUCGACGCCAACCUCAAGACCCAACAUCUCGUUGUCGCCGUCGAGGCCGUCAAGUCAGCGCUCGAGACGCAAGCUAUUCCCAAGCCAUUUGUCACUGAGCUUGCUGCUCUCAAGGAGAUUGCCGCCGACGACCCAGUCGUCAGCGCUGCUAUCGCUAGCAUCAACCCCGCCGCCUACCAACGCGGUAUCCCCAGCUCCGCCCUCCUAAUCGACCGUUUCCGUCGCGUAGCUUCGGAAGUCAGGAAAGCGGCGCUGCUGCCCGAGGACGCUGGUGUCGCCUCGCACCUUGCCUCGCUCGCCAUGUCAAAGGUGCUCUUCAAGAAGUCUGGUCUCGCUGUUGGCGGUGACGUCGAAGCCGUGCUCGCGCGCACAGAAGUCCUCCUCGAAGAAGGCGAUCUCGAUGCUGCGGCCCGUGAGAUGAACGGUCUGCAAGGAUGGGCUAAAGUACUGAGCAAGGAUUGGUUGAGCGAGUGCAGGAGAGUGCUGGAAGUUAAGCAGGCGUUGGAUGUCAUUGCUACCGAGGCGAGACUGAAUAGCUUGCUCAUUGACUAG